GAUGGGCUCUCGUUACGGCAUGGGAGGGAUGGGCAUGUAUGGAUCUCGGUUUGGAUACGGCACGGGAGGAUACGGCAUGGGAGGAUACGGCAUGGGGGGAUACGGCAUGGGGGGAUACGGCAUGGGGGGAUACGGCAUGGGAGGAUACGGCAUGGGGGGGAUGGAAGGCGGUCCCAUGACACCACUUCAGCGAACCAUCGAGACAGUUUCACGCGUUUCUGGAGUGAUGGAUAUGAUGGUGGAGUCACUCCACAUGUCCAUCUCCUCCUUCAUGGAGCUUGCGGGGAGGCUCGGAUAUGCUUCACACGAGCUCCAUGCGCUCGGAACAACUAUCUCUUUCAUGGGUAUGCUGCGGUCUAUGGGGCGAUGGAUCUGGUCUCUCCCCAAGGACUCCUUUGGACUCUUCCUGAGGCUGCUCGCUGUCCUGCUGGCGUGGGCAGGGUUCCGCUUCUGGAAGAGGAAGUCACAGGAGAUGGAGGAGAUGAAAGCGAACCAAAUGGCCAAUGAGUUCAACGGCAACUUCCAACAGCAGCAUCCCAUGGACCCGUCGGCUGCCAUGGGAUACCCAGGAUAUGACGUGAGAGGGAAUCAGCUCUCUGCGGGCUACCAGGCGGCUGGAAGGGGGAUGGGGAGAGGAUACAACGCUCACUACCCGACAAUGAGGCAAGGGGUAGGAGGCAGCAGGGGCGCAUACUCGACCUUUCCUAGCAGCACGGGAUCCAGCCAGAGAGCAACUGGCCGAGGGAGAGCCAGUGUCGAGAGGUACGACAAUAGUGGAGACGGAGGAGAGGAUGGAGAGUUGGAUGGAGCCAGCGCUGCUUGGCAGCAGUCAGCAGGAGCCACAAUGAUGACGCAGUCCGAGGAGGAUGGAACGAGCAGAACCAUGCCUUUUUCUCAAGCGCGUGCAGGAGCAGGACGAGGAAACAGCUCGAUCUCUAGGAUGCUCAUGAAGUCCCAGGAGAGAGACAGUGUGUAACUAUCCAGUAAAGGGCGAUGAGCUUCG